AUGAAAAUAUCGGUUCGUUUGGGAGAAGCUCAAUUUGAGAAAUCCACAAAACUCACACUAAACUUAUCAGAAGUACAAAUUUGUCAAGGGAGAUUUAUUAUCGUUCAAUGUGGAGAUCAAAAAUUUCAGAGCUCAACAGAAAAAACAAGUACUCCUCAAUUUUCUGAUUGUUUUUCAAUUAAUAUUGUUCCUUCUCAACGUCCAAUGAUUUUAUUUGAGUAUUAUGAAACAUUUAUAGUAAAGAGUAGUGUUUAUAAGGCAUUUGUUAUAAUUGAGACAAAUCAUUUAAGUUAUAAUAAAGAUGUAAGUCAAUGGAUUGAAUUUAGUAAUGGGGGUCGUCUCUUUGUUACAUUAAGAUUAUGUAAUUAA